AAAAUUAUGGGAAAUUCUUUGGACGAUUCCAUUCAAAUCAAGGGUAGAACAAUUUUUCGUCUACGUCAUGUUUUAAAUUUAGAACGUGAAGGGGGUUUUCUUUAGUCGCACCGAUCUACGAAAUAGCCGUCACACUGUACGUCAAGAAGUGUGCACGACCGCCGAUUCUCUGAUGGAAAGCAAUAAUAAUGCCGACAAUUUAUGAAUUGUCUUAUCUGCUGUUGGAAACUGCCUGCUUGAAGUCCACUUUGUGCUAUAUCUGACAAGAGCUGUUGACACACGCUACAAUGGACACACAUGAUGAGGAGUCACAAGAUGUUGAUUUGAUCAUUCUUGCUGAUAGUGCUCAAUCUGCUAAGGAAGUAGGUGAGAAAGACAGGAAUUUGCCCCAUUUCCAAUUCACGGAUGGAAAAGGAAGAUUACAAAAUAGUAUCGACAGUCCUCGCGAGGGGUUUAUAGCACUCAAAAUCACAUACAUGCAUGUGUUCAAGAAACAGCAAGAACAUGCCAAAGCUUUACAACAGAAAAACCAAAAGCUUGUUGCUGAGAUCCAGCAGUUGAAGAAACAAAGCGAUUUGUCUUGGAGUCAAGAACAGGUGAGCCCAUGUGAUAGUGAAGUUCAGACUGAAUUGGUAGAUUUAUGUUCUGAUAAGGAAAACAGUGAUCUUGAUUUCCAACUUGCAUUACUCAAGGAACAAAAAUCAAAACUAUGGUCAGGAUUUAUUUACAUGGCAAAAUAUUUGUUGAAGAGAGAGCCUCUGUCUAGCCUUCCCCAAAAGGUUCUUGACAAUUUACAGAGUUUGGAUUGUGAUUCAGAGGAAUCUGUAAAGGAGUUAGAACAUUUGGUUCAAGUCAUGAGUGGUUUGGAUGAUGAGUUAUCCCAGUUGCCAACCAAGGAUGAGGCAUCGGGAAACAGACAACCAUCUGAUAACCAUUCUAACUUAUCAGACAAGUUAAACAAAUCUUCUCCACCAAAGUUGGUAACAGGCUGCCAGACCAAGUCGCAGUGUGACCGGACCCAACCACAAACUAAAGAUUUGGAGAGCAUGAUUCAGCAGAAACCAGAAGCACACAAACAUGGGAAGGAUGUUGCUGUGGACAUUCAGACAUCACAAGAAGAGGAUAUGUACGGAGUUGAAGGCAAUGAAGGAGAUCAAGAUUUAGUGCCAUACAAUUUGAUGAGACUACGUCAAAAGUUGAUUAAACUGCAGAGCUUUCCUGUGGAAUAUGGCACUAUGAUACAAAAUUUGAAUGACAAUUUGGAGCAGCAGAAGACUACAUCCUUGUUUAAAGUUGAUCCGCAUUCCCAUCAGAGGAAAUCUUGUACUGAGUUGAGCGCAGAGCCAAAUGUGUCUGGUGAUAUUUCAAGCUUCAUUCAGUUGCAUAACAUCAAGGUGCCUCCAUUGGAUUUCCCUCAGACUUUAAGGAACAGUGAUGAUCUACAAAAUGGUUUAAACGUACAAGAAGGAUUAAGCAAUACCAGCCCUGUCAAGCUAGACUCCCCUAAAGGUACUUUUCCUUUUGAAGUAGUACGAGGACCCCCAAAUACUUCCCAAUUUUCUCCUCUUGGUGCUAAUAGACUGUCUGAAUGGCAGCCUAGUGCUGUUGCAUCGGUUUGUCAACCUCCACCUAGAGCUACCUCCAACAUGGUUGAAAAGGGAAACAAUGAACAUCUUAUGUUAAUCCAAGGUACAAGUGAAGCUCAUUACCAGUUGCCUGAACAGUUGUAUAGAUCAAAUAACAAGGAAAGUAUCGCAAAUUCUGCCCCCAAACCUAGGAGUUAUGGUCAAGAUGAAAGAAGCAAAACGAUGAGUGUGGUAAUUGGACCUUCAUCUAGUGGUCCGUGCAUGCCAGGCUCCGAUACUGAUGAGCUUGUCACAGCACGUGGUUCUAUGUCUGAAAAUAAUGUCACUUCAUGGAAAAUGGAAUGUCCUGUCUGUAAACAAAACUUUUCCCCAAGUACAACAGAGGCAGAAGUAAACAGCCAUGUAAAUUUUCAUUUUGAGGGAACAUCACUCGAUGACCUAGGCUAUGACAUUUUGAAUCCCUGCUAAAUCCCUACCUUUAAAAAAAAAAGUAGUCUAGACCUGAUUUCACAAAGCACUCUGCAAUCCAAAUAAUCUACUAGCUAACUGGGAAGUUAGAAUCAAUGGUGAAAGUAAAAGUUGCUUUUUAUGGGUGAUGGUUUUUGAGUGUUGUAGUAUAUUUUCUGCACAACACAGUUAAAGUUAGAGAACCCUACCAUGAUAUCAUUGAAUACACCAUUGGAGCCUCUGAGGUCAAUUGCUGAGGUUAAACAAUGAAGUGCAAUCUUGCGUGUGUCCGAACUUCCAGGACUGUUAUGGUCCCAACCUUGUGGAGUUUUACAUGGGGUGAUUUUGUUUCGUCAAUUACUUUAGUUUAUAGUAGUUUGUGACCAUGAAACUUAUAUACGUUGAUGGAAAUUAAUACUAAUUAACAAAACAUAAGAAAGUAAAAUCAAAUCAACAAUCCAGUAUAACAGAAAAACCAAGAAUUAAAUUUGACCUCAGCUUCUGGUCACUUGACCUCAGCUUCCAGUCACUUGCAAAAUUAAGAAUUUGUGCCCACCUCCAAUUACAAAACUUAUGCAAAUGCUUGGUUGGAUCGCUCAUGAUAACAAUUAAUCAUUUUCAUUGGGUGACGAUGCGUCAGCCCCCUCUUUAAACGUGCGUAUUAAUGAUACACCCACAUGACCAUCCUGCGUCGUCGUAUAAACCAGCUUUUAGUAGUUUCACAUUUAGGCAGAUUUACAUAUAUGGGGUCUAGAAAAAAUUCAGAUCAAAUAAACAUCCUUGUCCCCGAGCUUUACUCUUGUUUACAUGAUGGUUAACAAAAUAUUUGUGUAGUUCUUAUUAAAGCUAAUUAUUCAAGUUGAAAUGAGUACUUUUGUUUCUCAGAUUUUGUCACUAAAUACAAUUCAAAGCAAAGAAUUGAUUUCAGAAAGAAUAAAGUUUUGUUUUUGAUGUGCUUUCUCGUUGCACAGUCUAUUACGUCACCGUUUUUUCAUGAGGCGGCGAAUGUGUUUAGGAAUAAAUAACUUGUCCAAAUAAAUGCAUGACAUAUUGCAAGAAAUAAACAUAUUGACAGUUCUGUAUGUCUGAACAAGUAAACUAUAAUUGUGUACACAAAAAUCAAGCAGUCUUGUAUGCAGCAAUUUAACAAACACUUUUUAACACUUUCUCCAAAAACAGAAUUUUGGUUGUGUUUACUUUGUGAAAAUGCUGACGAUUUGUAUGCAGUUGGUUUGAAAACAUACACCGUCUCAUUUGAGUGAUUUGAGAUGAUGGAACUGCAUGUGUUAUUUGAUUUUUACAAAGGAAACUAAAAACUUAAUAAAUUAAUUUCCCAUGCUUGUCACAUAUUGUAACUGAUAAGGGUUAACUUCAUUUCGCAGAUACUGUAACAUUGUUACAAGAUAACAUUGAGUUGAUUAAGAGAAGUUGGCUACAUGUGUACUUAUACUGUUAAAAGCAAGAAGAUUUGCACAAAAAUGUUCAAUUGCCAGCUCAUGCUCAAAGGAUGCUCAAAGGAUGCUUUUGGGGGAUACACCGGACAAUAUCUUUCAACCUAAACAAUACAGGGUGUACGUGUACAUGCAUAUGAUCUGUAAGGUUAUGCACCUUCUUCCCUUUUACUUUGGGUGUUUGAGAGCACUGGUUUAAAAAAUAAAAAGGGUUCAGCACUGAUCUGAAGUGAACAUACAUCAGCCAGGUGAUGUUAAUGACAAUACAUCAGCCAGGUGAUGUUAAUGACAAUGUGUACCUUUGUAUUUUUGAACCAUUCCGUCGUUUUAAUCCUAUAAUAGUUGUAUACAAUAAAAAUUAACCUUCGAAAACUUCAUUUCAAAAAGUGGUCGUGUUUUUGAGACAUUGCCGAAGUUCCGGAGCGAAUAUUAUGUCCACGCAGGAAUACUAAUCCCUAUAGGAAUACACAAUCUAAGAAGCGUUACUGUAUUAAAAAAUAAAAAUAAACACUUCAUUAUCUCACACAACCUUAAAACUUUAUAGUUAAAAUGUUUAGUAAUCUGUUGUAUUUCAGGUUUCUAGGUUGAAAUGAAAGCAUUUGUUUGCUCACCAUUCUUAUACAUCAAUAACUCUUAUUGAACAUCAUUAUUUUCAAACUUCAUCAUAAUUUUUUUGCUGUAAUUGCAAACAUAUUUUUGUCAGCUGUUUAUGAACACCUAGAGUUUGUGUCAAGACAAACUCUCAAUCUUUAGUUUAUAGUAUUACUAUUAACUUUCCUGGUCUUUUUUGCUGACAAAAACAAUUCAAAGCAGCCUCUGCAGUUUAAAUCGCCACUCAAUUCCAUUUUGGGCCAUGUGAAUUUAUACAAUAUUAUUUUCAAUGAAACUUUGAAAAUGUGGGUUUUUUUCAACUUGAUGUUUUUAUUACCAAAUUGUUUGUUACUUUCGUUUUACAACAACCAUAUUUGCAAAAUCAGCGUUAAAAGACUCGGGUACUUUUUCAAAUUGUCCACAGAUUUACAAUGAACUUACAGGGUUUGAAGAUAAUGAUAGUGGAAAGCUU